AUGUCACCAGUGACCACCACCAAUUACUUGAGUUCCACUGACCACGUGGACGGAAAGAUGUCUACUACUGCUAGAUGGACAGAUUAUCGAUGGAUGGAUUCACAGAGUCAGCUCUCCAUUUUUAAAGCAGUUAAGCUCAAAUUACCGUGGAUUAGAAUGCUGGCAGCAACAUUACAAAAUAAUAGACUUUUAUGGCUAGGUACUUGUAGUUUUUCAAAAAUACUGGCUACUCAAAAGGUGAAAGAAAGUUGCUCCGUAGAAAUGAACUUACAAAUUUUUGGGAAAAUAAGAGCAAAAGCCUUUUUUCCAAAACAAGGUAAUUCUAAGCCUAAAUCAGCUGAAAUUGCCUCAUUUUCUCUUGAAAAUCGCCGCAAAUAUCAUGAUUUGACAUUAUCCAGUGCAGCUUCUCUUCCAUCAGUGAAUGUAGUGGAAUUAUCGAGAUGCAUCAGUGACGUUGGAAACGAAUGCCCUCCACAAUUCAAUGAGAAUCACUCAUUAGAGUCGAUGGUUCAGGAGUGGAGUCAAAAGCAAUGGCUGCGAUGUGAUGAUCAGCAAGAAGGGCAGAUCCAGAAGUGUACUGCCCACAUAGCUUUAUUUUAUGAUAGCUGCAUCGCAUCAAGGCUGCCACUUCUUCAAAUUUAUCCACUGGUCAUUAAUUUCAACUAG